GCGUUCCCAGUUGCUCCUGCGAGGCAGUCGCGAUCGGCCGUCAGUUGCUGCUGUAGUGCGUCUUAGAUGUAGGCUGGACGUGUAGCACGCAUGUACGUUUUAGGGUGGAUAAACCUGUAGGCAAAAGGUCAUUUGUGAUAACAAGAUGAGGAUGCUGGACAUGCAGUGCUAUGGCGCCCUGCACUGAGAUGGCCGGCCGCGCGCUGCUGGUGGCCGUGCUCUGCUGCGGCAACUUGGUCGCCGCCUUGCCCGACGUCAUCAGAAUAGGCGGGCUAUUCCACCCGGCAGACGACCGACAGGAGGUAGCCUUUCGGUACGCUGUGGAGCGCAUCAACGAUGACCGCACGAUCCUGCCUCGGUCCCGACUGUCUGCGCAGAUAGAGAAGAUUUCUCCACAGGACAGCUUCCACGCGUCCAAGAGGGUUUGUCACCUGCUGCGCAGUGGGGUGGCAGCCAUCUUUGGACCUCAGUCUGGCCAGACAGCAAGCCAUGUGCAGAGCAUCUGUGACACAAUGGAGAUCCCUCACCUGGAGACAAGGUGGGACUACAGGCUGAGGAGAGAGAGCUGCUUGGUGAACCUGUAUCCACACCCCACAGCCCUGUCCAAGGCAUAUGUGGAUCUGGUCCGCGCCUGGGGCUGGCGCUCCUUCACCAUCAUAUACGAGAGCAACGAGGGGCUGGUGCGUCUGCAGGAGCUCUUGAAGGCUCACGGACCCUCCGAGUUCCCCAUAACUGUGCGGCAGCUGGGCGAGGGCGCGGACUACAGGCCACUGCUGAAGCAGAUCAAGAACUCUGCCGAGUCUCACAUUGUGCUGGACUGCAAUACGGAGCGGAUAUACGACGUGCUGAAGCAGGCCCAACAGAUUGGCAUGAUGAGCGACUACCACAGCUACCUUAUCACAUCACUAGACCUGCACAGUGUGGAUCUCGAGGAGUUUAAAUACGGUGGCACUAACAUCACAGCUCUGCGUCUUGUGGACCCAGAGAAACCUGAGCUCCAGAAAGUGGUGCGAAACUGGGUGUAUGGGGAGCUGCGAUAUGGCCGCAAGUUGGACCUUCCACCGCCAAGGGACAACCUGACUUUCAUCAAGACAGAGACAGCACUGAUGUAUGACGCAGUGCAUCUCUUCGCCAAAGCACUGCACGACCUCGACAGCUCACAGAGGAUCGACAUAAAGCCCCUCAGUUGUGAUGCUGUGGAUACAUGGCCACAUGGAUAUUCACUCAUCAACUACAUGAAGAUCGUUGAGAUGCAGGGCCUCACAGGGGUCAUCAAGUUUGACAACCAAGGGUUCCGCAGCAACUUUGUGCUGGACAUUGUGGAACUGAGCAAGGAUGGCCUUAAGAAAAUCGGCACCUGGAACUCCACAGAGGGUGUGAACUUCACACGCACAUAUGGCGAGGCCUACACACAGAUUGUGGAGAGCCUCCAGAACAAGACUUUUGUAGUAACCACAAUACUGAGCUCACCCUACUGCAUGCGUAAAGACUCGAGUGAGAAACUAUCGGGCAACGCUCAGUUCGAGGGUUAUGGCCUCGACCUGGUGCAUGAAAUAAGCAAGAUCCUGGGCUUCAACUACACGUUCAAACUAGUACCAGACGGACGAUACGGCUCACUGAACAGGGAGACCAAGGAGUGGGAUGGCAUGAUGAAGGAACUGCUGGAUCAGAAAGCAGACAUUGCCAUUGCAGACCUGACCAUCACAUAUGACCGUGAGCAAGCUGUGGAUUUCACAAUGCCCUUCAUGAAUCUGGGGAUAAGCAUCUUGUAUCGCAAGCCCAUAAAGCAGCCUCCAAACCUGUUCUCAUUCCUGUCACCAUUGUCGCUGGAUGUCUGGAUCUACAUGGCCACAGCCUACCUGGGCGUGUCUGUCCUGCUCUUCAUACUGGCCAGACAGCAGUGCAGUUCUUCCUAAAUUUUAGUUGCAUGCUUAUAAUGCCCUGGGUAUCUGGGUUGCAGGUUCACGCCGUACGAAUGGCAGAACCCACACCCGUGCAACCCGAACCCAGGCCACCUGGAGAACCAGUUCACCCUCCUGAACUGCAUGUGGUUUGCCAUCGGCUCCCUUAUGCAGCAGGGCUGUGACUUCCUGCCAAAGUAAGUGUGCAUAUCUAUCUGCAGGUUCAGCCCCUACGAAUGGGACAACCCGCACCCCUGCAAUGAUGAGCCAGAUGUUCUGGAGAACCAGUUCAGCCUUCUGAACUCACUGUGGUUUACUAUCGGAUCUCUCAUGCAGCAGGGCAGUGACAUUGCCCCCAAGGCGGUGUCCACUCGCAUGGUGGCCGGCAUGUGGUGGUUCUUCACCCUCAUCAUGAUCUCCUCCUACACCGCCAACCUGGCAGCCUUCCUCACCGUUGAGAGAAUGGACUCACCAAUAGAAAGUGCUGAGGACCUGGCCAAGCAGACUAAGAUCAAGUAUGGGGCACUCAAGGGUGGCUCCACAGCAGCCUUCUUCAGGGACUCUAAUUUCUCAACAUACCAGCGCAUGUGGAGCUUCAUGGAGUCUGCUCGACCCAGCGUGUUCACAAGCUCUAACAUGGAGGGCGUGGAACGCGUCGUGAAGGGCAAGGGCAACUAUGCCUUCCUCAUGGAAUCGACCUCCAUUGAGUAUGUGAUUGAGCGGAACUGUGAGCUGACACAGGUCGGAGGGCUGCUGGACUCAAAGGGAUAUGGCAUAGCAAUGCCUCCCAAUUCGCCAUAUCGUACCGCCAUCAGUGGGGCAGUACUCAAGCUUCAAGAGGAAGGCAAGCUGCACAUCCUCAAGACGCGAUGGUGGAAGGAAAAGCGUGGUGGUGGUGCCUGCAGAGAUGACACAUCCAAGAGCUCAAGCGCUGCAAAUGAGCUGGGCUUGGCCAAUGUCGGUGGUGUGUUCGUGGUCCUGAUGGGGGGCAUGGGUGUGGCAUGUGUCAUCGCAGUCUGCGAGUUUGUGUGGAAGUCUCGCAAGGUGGCCAUGGAAGAGAGGGAGUCCUCACUCUGCUUGGAGAUGGCCUCAGAGCUGCGAUUUGCCCUUUGCUGCCAGGGAUCCACGAAACCUGUCCAAAAGAAGGGCCCAAUGGGGAAUGGCGAGGAGGGGCGGAUCAUAUCCCUGGGCCCGUAUUCACAGUACGGUUUUAUGGGCAAGGAGCCGCUGCCCGGCUACCAACCGCGACGUGUGGCAGAUAUGGUACCCUUGUUACAUUUGUUCCUGUUAGCAGCCGUUUCGGGUCUCCCGGACACCAUCAACAUUGGGGGGCUGUUCCACAGCACAGAAACCCUAGAGGAGCUUGUGUUCCAGUACACAACCCAGACCAUCAACUCUGAAGGCAUGAUCCUACACAAGACGCUGGUCGCCCUCCCCAAGCGCGUGCCACCAAAUGACAGCCUAGUUGCAUCCAGCAUAGUGUGUCACCUUUUGGAGCAGCGUGUGGUCGGGAUCUUUGGUCCACGAGCAGGUCCCACAUCACCCCUCGUGCAGUCCAUGUGUGACACAAAGGACAUUCCCCAUGUGGAGACUAGUUGGGACACAAAGCAGCGUCGCCAGGACUUCCUGGUGAAUCUUCACCCCCACCCCUCCACUCUCACCAGGCUGUACAUGGACCUGGUCAGUGCAUGGGGUUGGAAGAAGUUCACGUUGUUGUAUGAGGACGCAUCUGGCCUGGUGCGACUCAGCAGUCUGCUCACAAUGUUCGACAAGAAGGACAAUCCAGUGACAUUGCGGCAGUUGGCCACCCACAAGAACCACAGGCAGAUCCUUCGUGACAUGAGACAUGCUGGUGAGCGCAACAUCAUACUAGACUGCUCGAUAGAGACACUGCCAGAGGUGCUGAAACAAGCUCAGCAGGUGGGGCUUAUGACCAGCGACCAGAGCUACAUUAUCACAUCUCUGGACCUACACACAAUUGACUUAGAGCCAUACCAACAUGGUGGUACCAACAUCACAGGGCUGCGAAUGGUUGACCCAAACAGCACGAUAGUUGAAAUGGCAGUGAAGCGUUGGGCUGAUCUGGAACUGAGGAAGGGCAAGAACCUUGGCAUCUCCCCUCAAACCCUCACGGUCAGCAUGGCUCUUAUCCAUGAUGCAGUUCAACUGUUUGCCCAUGCGCUGCGCCGUCUUGACUCUCGCGCUGUCAAUAUGAGACCACUGGACUGUGAGUCACAAGACAGCUGGGGGCAUGGCGCAUCCCUAAUCAACUUCAUGAAGGAUGGGCAGAGCAUGCUGCGUGGGCUCACAGGCAUGGUCCAGUUCGACAAUGAGGGUUUCCGCACCAACAUCAUGUUGGACAUCAUGGAGCUAUCAUACAAAGGGCUUCAGCGUGUGGGAACAUGGAACUCAAGUGGGAAGCUGAAUAUUACCCGACUGGUGCCUCCUACCUCAGUGCAUGACAGUGAGAGCCUCCACAACAGGACAUUUCGAGUGCUGACAGCCCUGUCACAUCCCUAUGGAAUGCUUCGUGAAUCAACUGUUGCCCUCAAGGGCAAUGAUCAAUAUGAAGGAUUUGGUAUUGAGCUGAUUCAUGAGCUGUCACUGAUGCUUGGGUUCAAUUACACGUUUGAGCUGCAGCUGGACAAUGUGUACGGCUCAUAUAACAACAAGACAAAGCAGUGGACUGGCAUGAUACAGCAGUUGCUGAAAGAGGAGGCAGACUUGGCCAUCACGGAUCUCACCAUCACAUCUGACCGGGAGGCAGCUGUUGACUUCACCACUCCAUUCAUGAGUUUGGGUAUCUCCAUCCUGUACAAGCGCCCAACAGAGGAAGCACCUGACCUGUUCUCCUUCAUGGCCCCAUUGUCCACAGAUGUGUGGAUCUGCAUGUUCUCGGUGUACAUGGGUGUGUCCAUCCUCUUAUGGAUAAUGGGAAGGAUCUGCCCUUAUGAGUGGAACAAUCCGUAUCCCUGCAUAGAGGAACCAGAGGAACUGGAGAACCAGUUCACCCUUCAGAACAGUCUCUGGUUCACCAUCGGCAGUCUGAUGCAGCAGGGUUCUGAGAUCGCACCUAUAGCUGUGUCUACACGCAUGGUGGCCGGCAUCUGGUGGUUUUUCACACUCAUCAUGGUCUCAUCUUACACAGCCAAUCUGGCUGCUUUCCUCACUGUUGAGAGCACAACUUCCCCAUUCAAGAACGUGAGGGAGCUCGCCAACCAGAAUGUCAUCAAGUAUGGAGCAAAAAUCGGCGGCUCCACAGUUAAUUUCUUCAGGGACUCAGCUGAUAAAAUGUACCGUGACAUGUACAAGAAAAUGAUAGAAGAGCCAGGUGUCCUAGCAAGUUCCAACAAUGAGGGCCUGAAGUGGGUCAAGGAACGAAACUACGCCUACUUCAUGGAGUCCACAUCCAUCCAGUAUAUCACAGAGCGAGACUGUGAAGUAGCCCAAGUUGGAGAACUGCUGGACACCAAGGGCUAUGGCAUAGCCAUGAGGAAGGAUUCAUCAUACCGCAACCAGCUGAGUUCAGCAGUUCUCAAACUGCAGGAGUCUGGCAAGCUUGCCAAAAUGAAGAACAGGUGGUGGAAGGAGGAACGUGGUGGUGGCAGAUGUGCAGAUAACGUCAGCAGUGGGAACCCCAGUCCUCUGAACUUGCUGAAUGUGGGUGGUGUGUUUGUGGUGCUUUUGGGCGGCCUGGUCCUAUCAUGCUUCGUGGCACUUUAUGAGUUACUGUGUAAAGUGCAUGAGACAUCACGGCGAGAGAAGGUUCCAUUCCUGGAGGAGCUCAUGGCAGAGUUCAGGUUCAUCGCACGCUGCCACGGUUCCACGAAGCCAAUCCGCAAAUACAACAGCCAGGAGAAAGAAGAUAGUCCACCUACUGGAGAAGGGACUGGGCCACAGAACUUUGUCCGGAUGAGCAUCUAUGGAGAUACACCAUAUGGGUUUAACACAAAUAUGAAAGUGCCUCUUACAUAGUUCAACUCAUUGUGUUAGUAGCAUAUUUCCUAGAAGUCAGUAAGCAAACCCAUCUCAUUGUGCACAAUGACUGCAGUGGUACUUUCAAGGCCAAAUAUUUUUUUAACUGAAUUUUAUAGGACAAAUUGCAUUUCUUCACAUGGGCCUAUAACAAUUAGAUAGGAAUUUACGAGCUCUAAACUCUCCGCUCCCCCUCCAUUUCGGAGAUGGCAGUUGCUAGAAAUGAUUACGGUUCACAAAAUUUUGUUAAAACCAGUCUUCAUCUCAGUUUUGUUCUCAUUCGGAAAGUACAUCUGCUUCUGUCCAGUUCCUGCCCACAGCUUCCAAAUGUCUCCAAGGGUUGAAAUAAAGUAGUUUUUGGUGUAAAAUGAAUACAUAACAGAAAAGUCAUGUUAAUCAUCAAGGUUGCUUGGAUUCUCUCUGAAACUAUUCAGGAUUAUAAUGAAAGUUGGUGCUAAGUAUCCAUAAUGAAAUCUAUCACCAAUUUUCCACUGCCAUAGAUAUCAGUACGAUACAGCCCAUAUUCUGCAGUAUGUUAAAAUCUGACAUUUAUCUUUUUCCUGUAAAAUGGCCCUUCUUGAUACAUGGUACAUGCAAGUUCACAGAGAUAUUGAGUUUUUGGACUUUAUCCAUCGUCCUGGUUUUAAGAUAACUAAGAAAAACAUGACGUUUCGGAAACUGGA